ACAAGGCCAACAGAGGAAGAGAGAGCGAUCAUUUGACUGGCUUUUGCCUGCCACUGUGGUCACUGAAUAGGAGGCUUGGGGUGUUUAAGUACCAGUCAAGGUAUCUCUUCCUGUUAACCAACGGGGCUGCAAUGCUAAGUGAGGACUCUGAGACCCCAAGUUCAGAGCAAGCCAGAAAACUGUUGGCUCCAGCCACAUGUGGAACGAAUGAAUGAGGAAAUGGCAAAGGACCGGGAGCCGUUAAUGAACAACGGCGGGGACCCCUGCGCGCGCCUGCUACUUUCCAAGCACGGAGAGGAACCCCAUCAACAUCCCCGGCUGAGGAGCGUUCGGAAUUAAUUUAUCUCGCUCACACGUGCAAAUGAACCACCGCUUGGAUGCGUUUUCCUGAGUUUGCAGAUUUAUACAGCAUCUCUCGUUGCGAGGAGCUGUUCGGAAAGGACAAGAUAGCGCUUCGAGAGCGCAUUUUGUUAGCCUAGGUAAACUCAGACGAUAUACAUCGACAAAUAGAACAACUGCGGAUUUGUACAUUUUUGAAACAUUUUUGUAACAUGCUGGAUGUGGACAGCAUUGGUGAUGGACUCAGGACCUUCUCCCCUCUGUGUGCUUCGCUAGCCACCACCCGUCCUCGCCCUGCGGCGCUCCGAGAGAUUACCCUCCCGUAGAGGAAAUGGCCGAUCAUCAUCAGGUCAAGACUUCCUUCCUCUUUAUCCAACUGCAGGCACCCUCCAAGGCCUGUGGGCCACCACACCCUGCCAACACUGCCUGCUCAGGCACUGCAGAGGAAGAACUCUCUCCCAGACCUGCAAGCGAUGGUGAGUCUCUCCACCACGGCAGCCCCACAGUGAGCUUGCCUUUAAACGCACCCGGAUCGUAUACGGACGCCGUCAGCGACAGGAGCAGAGAGGGUACCCCGGAGUCUUCCGUUUGCCCCUCUGAUACUUCCACUGGGGACGCUACGCAGGUUGCAGGAGACCCCCGGAAUCAGGAGAGCUUGUGUUUGAGCGCAGAGAGAUCGGACGUUGUCUGUGAAGACGCAGGGAACCCCGACCUCGAAACUCCGGUUUGGAUUCUGCGACAAGACACCCCAGAAUCCAUGAGUGCGGAGAUCGGGCCCCUGGUGGCUGGGAUGGGGGUCACGACCCCAGCGGCCCCGUCCUCACCCGGUGCCCAGGGUAGAGUGAGCUUCCUUCACCCCGCUGGAGGAUCCGGAGCUUCCCACAAGACUCCCGACUGCGGGGUGGAGAAGGAUGCCGUGGGCGGGUCCUCGCAGUGUGUUUACCCGGCCCCUGCCCUCAGUGUGGCAUGCCCUCCUGCCCCUGGGGCAGAUACCGCACACUGGGGCGAGGAGAGCAGCAAGCAGAGCAAAACCUUUCUCUCGGCCGUCAUAGAGCGAUCUGCAAAGAUACCGGGAGAGCCUUACAGAAAGAACGUGGACAGGAGCUCCAGCAUGUCAUCCCCUGGCCCUGAGACCUCAGCUGCAGCCAAACCUGCUCCUGAGCUUUCUCCCAUGGCUUCAGCAGAGCCUUGGCCCCCCGCCACGGAUGGUCCCCCACCCCACCGGCCCCCUACGGCAGCUCAGAAGGCCGGACCGUUUGUUUGGGUGAACAGCACUUCGCACGCUCAGAGUGUGGCCAAGGCAAAGUACGAGUUCCUGUUUGGGCCGGCCUCAGCGGACCACGAAAACGCCCACAUCCUCCCACAAGGGGGCAGCAGAGAGACCUCCGCCCCCUCUCUCCAGUCUGGAGCAGCUGAUGAUGGCAGAGAGGAUGACUUUGAUGAGACGUCGCUCUUUCUAGAGAUCGACAGGGAGCUGGCACACCUGCUGCGUGGGCUGGGCGGAGGGGGUCAGGAUGACCCCGAGCACAGACGCCAUCCCCCCGAAGACGCCGUUCCCACGACCAUGAUCCCCUGCAACGGGCAGAGCGGGGCCCCGCCAGACCCGCACGCUUCCAAACCGGAAAAAUCUGGAGACUCCCUCCUGGAGUCGGGCCUGGUUCUGGAGCCCUGGGCCGAGGCCCUGGUGCAGAAUUCGGUUUUGCCGAGCUCGGCAGCACCGGGCGAGGCGCUCGCUCACGCCGCCGGGGUGAACGGAGAGGCCCGGAACGUUCCCUCUGGCCCGGACGCGCUGACGGACGCCCCGGCCCCAGCUGCCCCAGUGAGCGGGCCGGGGCCGGGCCGGGCGGGGCCCUUGGGCUUCGGCUCCCACGCAGACGGGCUCCUGGACCAGUCCCUGGAGGAGUCCAGCAAAAUCUUGGCGGAAAUCCCCGGAAUCUUCACGGCCUUCCUCGACGGAGGGCAGGCCAAGGAGAAGCCCCACAAGAAAAUCCGCUUUGCGGAAAACCGCCCGGAGAGCACGCAGGAUCAGGGGCGUGCGGGGCCGGAUGCCCCUGGCACGGACGUACAGGUGCAAAGCCACGGGGAGGCGGAGAAGGAGGGGGACACGAAAGGGGAGACAUCCCCGGACAGCCCAGAGCCUCCAGAGAACCGCCCAAAGAGCACAAACUCUGCCCCGUCCCCUCUGCCCCAGCCGGGCCCCAUGGAGGACGAGGUGUUCCAGACCGUUCCGGAAGUGUGUGUGGAGAGUCCAGAGAGCGAGAGCACACCUGAGCUGGACUCCAGGUGA